ACCGCCGCUAGACGCCAUCUUUCUCUCUUCGUUUCCUUCACCAUUGUUCGUCUGCAAACCCGCUGCUAUCCGACCCGUUCUUCUUUCCUUCCAGGUCAGUUACUCUUCUCGCCACCAUGAUUGUUUCAGACUCUGAUUCGGCUACCCUAUCGUCCAAUUCUCGCCAAGCCGAUCAAUCGGCCUCUGGCCGUAACCCCGGCCACACUCCAUCUCCCCAGCCGUCGCCGUCGGCCGUUCCUGGUCACAAACGGCGCCGAUUGAGGAAACAAUUCUCUUCCUCAACUCCGGCGGAUGAGGGGUCGAGGGUUAGAUUGGACGAGAACAUCAUGGCAUUGUGCCAUUGUCAAAUCACUGACCGGGGGUUCGCCGAUGCUACCGACAUGGUUGGCCCCUCCAUCGAGGUCAGGAGACCUACCAGCACCCAAACUGCUCUAGACGCACCCUCGGGGUUCUUCACAGUCCACCUGGCGUCUCUGAAGAAGGGGCUGCGCUUUCCACUCCACCCGUUGUUAGUCGAGUACCUCAACGAGGUGGACCUUCUUCCGUGCCAACUGGUCCCCAAUUCUCACCGGUACAUCGCCGGUUACUUAAUUCGCUGCAAGGCUGUGGGGGUGAAACCAACCUUGGACCAUUUCAUAUUCACCUUCAAACUGACCAAGGGCCACAAGGACUGGGCGUCCUAUGCCAGCCUUUCUCAGAGAUCCAGCAAACUCUUUGCGAGUGACAAGAAGGGCUCAACCAAGGACUGGAAGCCUUUCUUUGUCUUCGUUUCGACGGGGCCCGAAUCUCCUUUUACGGGUUCAGGGCGCCCCUCCUUCCGUCGCAUCCCCUGCCCCCGAGCUGAUGCUACCCUCCUAUCCAUCUCUCGCCAACUCUGCAAUAAAGGAGUUAUGAACAUCAAGGAGGUGGUGACAGAGGAAACCCUUGCCGGGUUGGGGUUUGAGUUUGUCCCAGAUGAGCUUCGCCAUCAACCCGACCUACUGAGGGACAUCCCCGGGGGGCGUCAGCCUGACCAGCCGAAGGACAUUCUUGAGGAAGGUCUUGACUGUGGUCCUUUUGGUGAAGAGAUGGACAGCGAACUCCUGCUUAGUCGCUUCACUGCUGGGAGGAAGAGGAAGAGAGAGACGAAGGGUGGCGACCUAGCUGGGUCGUCCCUGGGUAUCGCCUCGGAGCGACCUCCUUCGCCUCCCGCAGUGACCUACGAGGUGGCGACUGGUGGUCGCUCGACGAGACUCUGCAUUCCUCCUCUGCCCCAAAACUUGGGGGACGUGCAACUGGAGACCUUGAUCACCCUGCCCGCGGAGGACCAAGCCCGCAUCUCGGCCGGUUCUGAGGACGACCUCGAUAACAUGGUCCUCUUGAGGCUAAGCCAGGCCACGCUGGGGAUGAUCGAGGUGGUUGGCAGGAGACGGGGUCGUCAGGCCGCUGCGGAUGAGGCGAUGAAAGCAGCCGAGGCCAAACAGGGGGAGCUGCAGGAAGAGGUCGCCCGACUCACGAGGGAGUUGGAGGAGGAGAAGGAUCGCUGCGCUGCGCUUGCGAUGGAGAAAACUUCCCAGGAGAGCCGCUGUGCCGCCCUUGAAGCAGACAAGGCCUCCUUGUCCUUGGGGGUAGAAUCUGUCUCUGCCCGCGUGCUUGAGCUGGAGGGGGAGAAGUCCGAUCUGAUCCAACAGCUGGAAGUGGAGAGGGGCGACCGAGCCCGCUAUGCAGUGGAGGCAGUAGAGUCCUUCAAGUCCUCCCCUGACUUCACGGUGGUCGCGAUGGAGCGGAUGGUGGAGUUGACAGCCGCCUGGCUCAAAACCGAACCUGGGGCCCAAUGGAUGGUCAAGGAAGGGACCAAAUCCUUCAACUGUGGUCUCUUCCGCGCCCAACAGGUCUUCCGUGCUAGGCUGGCUCAGCUCCCCAAGGGAUUCUCCCUUCCCGACCUUGGCUUCCCUCCUUCCUGUCGUUCCUUGGCCGAGUUCGACCCCAGUCCUUAUCUGGACGGGGGGAGCUCGAGUGCGUCGGAGGAAGUGGAAGAAGAAGAAGUGGAAGGCGAUCAAGGCGACCAGGAUCAGGGGACCAGCUUAGCCACCUCCAAGGCGGACCUUCGCGCGGCUCAAUGCUGCUUUAUCGGUUCAGCUACCAUGAGACUUGACCGUCUCUUCGGUUUCUUCGCCGGGCUUAUUUAUAAGCCCCUUAACCCUCAUUCUGUUCCAUCGCCAAAUAACUUCCCUUUCUUCAUUAUUGCUAUGUCUGAAGGAAUUCCUGUCUCCCUGAACCUUUCCGAUGGGCCGGCUCUUUCUUCGCCGGAGCCUGCCUCCUCCCCCAAGUCAAUCAAUUCUAAUGACUGGGGGGGGCUAGACCCUUACGAAUUCUGCCGCCGAUUGCCUCGCCGGCAGUGGCCGUCGGUGAAACCGCCGCCACAACCGCCAAACCCUUAUGAUGACUUCAGUGAAGCAUACAAGGCCCUCUCCGCCAACCGCCUGCCUGACGGAAGGAUUGACUGGGACGCUCCAUGCCCCCUCCACUCCCUGCAGUGCAUGGCCUGGGAGAGCUUUCAGGAUGAGCACUUACCCCUCCUGGAGCAUGAGUGCGCAUACUACGCCAGUCUUGAGCGAUGGACUGGCAAAAGUCGCACCAGUUCGCCGGUGAGGCCUAAGGAGGAGGUUGUGUUGGGGAAAAACUGGAUUUCAGUCCACCUCGCCCCUCCAACCGUGCGGCUUCCCGGAGAACCCGUAGGCGACCCGGAGUAGCUCGAUCGGCUUCAGGAUCUCCCUCCUCAUCUAGGUGAUGCUGGUUGGGGUUCUGGGGGCGACCGACCCUAUUCCGCGUUGGGGAAGAAAGGUGGUCGUCCCGG